UUCAAAUCCCUCAAUUUUUCCUUGCAUCUACCUCUAGCCAUUCCAACUGCUGUUGAAAAGAGCUGCUCAGAUUAUUUUUCACCCUAUCAGAAUUCUUUGAUAUUAAUCAAACAUUUGAUUGUCAGAGACUGAAAUGAAAAAUGAAAUUGUCAUAAUUUCCAUGUUGUCUCUCAGAAUGUUAAAUGGUGAGGACAAGAUGUAUUCAGCCAAACUCAAGAAUAAUUGUCAAAAGUUUACCACAAGAUAUUCAUGCCCAUUUAAAAUCUCCAUGUUAUUAAUGUGUUCACUAUUGGGGACUUCCUACUACACAUAUAUUUGCACCGUUUAAAAAUAAGCAGUAGAUUUCUAAAACUCUUUCAUUCGCAGCAAUGAAAUAGGCAAUGGAUUAUAUGAAAGUUUGAGACUUACAGUCCUACAAAUCACCAAUUCCCAAAUGUCGAAAUUAAAUUCUAAAUGCAUAAAAGUGACUGCAGCUCUUUAAGAUCUUGUAGGACUGAAGCUGUGUGCGCUAACGAAUCUCAAUUGUACCACGAGACCCAGGGCCUUUGCCUCAUCGUGACGUGAAAGAGUUCCCUUCGACAAAUAUAAACAUGACUAAAUUUAGUCCUCUCACAGAAUUUAUUCCCUGACUAUUCUUUUGACGGUAGUCACGUGUGAGCAUUUCGUGAGUUUGUGGGGGUGGGGGUGACAUUUUGACAUAUAAAGCUGUUUCAAGGGCGAAUUCUGCAUUAGAAGCGCGCGCUAACCCGAGCUGCGCGAUUGCAUUCCUUUUGGGUUGCGAGGAAGAGCGGAUUAAUCGUCCAAUCUUGAGAUUUCGCGUUCCAACUGUUCGAAUGGAUUUUCCUAACACUUCGCUGACUAAACGGAGGUCGGAGUCAUGGAGACCCGUGGAUCGAGCGCCAGUGUACAAGUGGAUAUCACGUUGGGGGAUCUAAGUUGUAUUGAUGCGAUUUAGUUCCCCGUCAUGAACUGUCCUGGAGUUGCGGUUCAAAGUUGGGGGCUUUAAGAGCGGGGAACAUCAUGCACACAGCGGAGCUCGCGCUCUCUCUCCUACUCGUCGUGAUCAUCGUUGUGACGCUGCUGUCCAACGUGCUGGUGCUGAUCUGCUUCUUGUACAAUGCAGAAAUUCGCAAACAGGUUCCUGGGUUGUUUAUACUCAACCUGACGUUCUGCAACCUGCUUCUGUCCGCCUCCAGCAUGCCGUUGACUCUUUUCGGGGUGUUGAGUAAAGCGCAUCCCGGGGGACACAUUUUCUGUCAGGUGGUCGGGUUUCUGGACACUUUCCUGACCACUAACUCCAUGCUGAGCAUGGCUGCGCUCAGUAUCGACUGGUGGGUUGCAGUGGUGUUCCCUCUGAGUUACCAUUCCAGGAUCCGUCACCGGGACGCUGUAAUCGCGCUGGCUUACACGUGGGUGCACUCGCUGUCCUUCUCUGUGGUUGCCGCGUGCCUCUCCUGGGUGGGUUACCAUCAGCUGUAUGCUUCGUGCACGCUCUGUAACGGCAGGGCGGUCAAUGCCAAGACGCAGUUCGCAAUUUACACCAUGGUGCUGCACUCGCUCACGUUCCUGUUGGUGUCGGUGGUGCUCUGCGUCACGUAUCUGAAAGUGCUCAAAGUCGCGCGCUUUCACUGCAAGCGCAUAGACGUGAUAACCAUGCAAACGCUCGUACUGCUGGUGGACAUUCAUCCGAGUGUUCGUCAGCGCUGUCUGGAGGAGCAGAAAAGGAGAAGACAGAGAGCCACCCGCAAAAUUAGUACCUUCAUUGGAACCUUCGUCAUCUGUUUCACCCCGUAUGUCAUUACCAGGAUUGUGGAGCUAUUUGUGACGGAGCCAUUUAAUCCAUAUUGGGGUGUGCUGUGUAAGAGUCUGGCGUACAGCAAAGCUGCAUGUGACCCCUUCGUCUACUCUCUUCUGCGACACCAGUACAGGAAGACCUGCCGUGACAUCAUAAAUCGACUCUUGAAACGCAGUUCCCCGAAUGGAUCCAUACAUCAGCAGGAAAAUGGAAAGAUUGGGAGGGCCAAGGAAAUCGUAAAAGAUGGGAAGUCGAAGCCAGACCUAAACACUGAGGACUCCUGUUGCUAUAGAGAUGAACGAUCACAAAGGUAGAGCUUCGACUCUGGUUGGAGAGAGAACAAUGAAGGCAGAGGAAACAGCGGGAUUCCAGGCUCUGCAUUUCUCAACUCAAACAGAAUUCAAGAUAUAACUGUAGCAAGAGAUUUUAGUAGCAAACCAUUCUUUUUUUAUUAAAAUAUUUAUUAAUUCUCUUCCUUCCUUCUUUCCUUCCUUCCUUUCUUUCUUUCUCUAAUCAAUUCUAAAAUCAAACUUCUAUAAAGCUGCAAGCCACAAAAGCUGCUAGUUAGCCAACAUUCAAAGAGAAUCCGUAGGGCCUAUUACAUAUCGUGUUCUUUCUUAUGUUAUAGU